AUGUCGAAGAUCAAAGCUGUUAUGUUAGGCACAAGUCAUCCUCACAUCUUUCAUCGAUAUAAAUAUCUCCAACAAUCUGCCAACAUCACACUUCUGGGAUACUAUGAUAGCGAUGACGUCGUCGCCCAACACAUGCAAGGCUACGCGGGAUGCCCACGGUACGAAAGCCCCGAUAGUCUCCUGGCCCUUCCAUACGAUGUAGCCCUCAUUCAUGGCCCCGAUCGCGAAAAUGCAAACUAUAUUCGUUUGGCUCUUGACAGCGGAGCGAGGGGCAUCUUCGUCGAAAAGCCCGGCGUCGCCCAGCCACCAGAAUUCUACCCGUUGGCAGAAGAGAUCCGCCAAAGGAAAAGCACCCUUGUCUUCGAAGUCGGCUGGGAGCUGCAUUAUCUCGAAACCGUGGCCUUCGCACGGCGAAUUCUCCGCGAGUCGCUGCUAGGGACCAUCACAAUGGCUCGGUUCCAUGGCGGGUGUCCAGGCGGCGCGGGGGCGGAACCCUGGCAAUCGGAUCCACGGAAUAUCGGUGGCUUCUUUUAUAGUCUCGGUGGCCAUGUCGUGGAGAUCGCCGUAGAUCUCUUUGGCUUGCCGACGCAGGUCGUGAGUUCGAUUCGGAAGCUGCCAGCGCAGCCGCCUCAUCAAGGUUUCUCGUGGAUGCCGAGCCUGUUCGAUGGACGUGAAGUGAAUCCGUGGCAAUCUAUUGGAACGCUGGUGCACGAGGACAUUGCAUCGGCAAUCUUGGAGUACGAGCAUUUCAAUGUGCAUCUGGACUUUACGGCAUGGGAGGGGAGUCGUUAUCUGAGGGAUUGGAGCGUGGAGAUCUACGGCGUUGAGGGGUCCAUGCGACUAAAUGUGGACGGUCCAGGGAGCUGUCUGCUGUUGAAGGAGAAGAAGGAAGAGUGGGAAUCCGGGAGAAAUGAGCUGUUUGAGAGAGAGGUGAGUUUGGCUGCAGCUUUCGAGAAGCAGAUGGAGUGCUUCUUUCGGAGAGUGGAGGGCGUGGGAAUUGACGAGGAAUAUUGCGAUGAAAGCAUAGUCGAGAAAUUGCUGAAGCUUUACAGUGCUUUGUAUGAGUCUGCUCGGACUCAACAGUGGGUAACAAUGUAA